AUGCGGGAGUUGGCGAGUUUGCUCGAGUGUCGGAAGCAGCAGCGGCGCGAGUGGAGUGAGCUGACGUCUUCGCCGGGGAGUUCACCCGAGGGCGGGCGCGGCUCGCCGGAACCGCGCCGAGUAGAGCAGUCUCCUGCGCGGCCGCACCGGCGCUGGAAGAGCGGAUGCCGACCUUGCGACUUUGAGUUGCGCAACAUCGCGAGCGAGAUCAUCACGUCGCCGGCUACCCGCAACGCGGCAGCACAUGAGGCCGAGACGCGCCGCUAUGGCGGCAGCCCGCUUAAGCAAGUCGCCUCCAUGGACGAUUCCUCCUCCAGAAAACGCCAAUACUACAACCGCCAAAUCUGCCGAGCCAACAGCUACAAGACGCCACCCGCCGCCACCUCGCCACCACCACUCAAGCCGGAACCCGAGUUCGGCACACAUCCACCCACACAGAGAACCGGCCGAAGUCUCACGAGGCCGAAAGCCAUCCUCUCUCCAGAUGAUUGCGAAGUCACCUCUCAACACACACGCAUCAAAUAA